UGUGGUUUAUAGAAUUUUGAAUAUAUUUUCGUCAAGUAACGCAGAAACUAUAUAGUAUCCAAUAAGCAGACCGGUCGGAGUUUGGCGCGAGCAAGAUGAACUACAAUCCAAAUGCGGGUAUGCGGAAUCCACAAGGUGGCGGCCGCCCGCGGCCAAACAAGCGCAUCAGCGACAUGAAUGCAAUGGGCCCGUCGGCCCCGGUGAUGGGCGGACCAACGUUCAUGCCCCCGACGUCCGGGCCCGGCAUGUUGGACCCCAACAUGUACGGCGGCGGCCCAGCUGCUGCUGCCCCGUCGACUAGCUACGGCUUCAACCCACAGACGCCACAAAAUUAUCAGCAGCCGCAGCAGCAGAGCUUCGGCUAUGCACAACCACAACAGGGGGGAGCACUGCCGCCAUACGGCAUGGGAGCACCGCAGGCAGGACCUGGGGCUGGCAUGCCUCCCGGUGGACAGUUUCCACAGUUCGCGAUGCUCCAGCAGCCCAUCGUGCAGGACAUGGCCAUGGAGUACGGUCAGCGGCUGGCCGAUCAAGGAAGGCAGAUAGUGGAGAAUCAGUUCGAGAGAUGGGUGCCCGUGGCCAAGCUGAGGUAUUACUUUGCCGUGGACAAUGCCUACGUGGGACGCAAGCUGCGAUUGCUCUUCUUUCCGUAUAUACACAAGGACUGGUCCUUGAAGUACGAUCAAGAGCACCCAGUGCAGCCGAGGUACGAUGUGAAUGCGCCCGAUCUGUAUCUUCCAACGAUGGGCUACAUCACCUACGUGAUUGUGGCCGGCCUGCUGUUGGGCAUGCAGAAGCGAUUCUCGCCCGAGCAGCUGGGCAUCCAGGCCUCCAGUGCCAUGGCCUACAGCAUCUUCGAGCUGGUCAUCUACUCGAUAGCCCUGUAUGUGAUGAAUAUCAAGACGAGCCUCAAGACCCUGGAUCUGCUGGCAUUCACUGGCUACAAAUAUGUGAACAUUGUGGCCUGUCUGAUGUUCAGCACGCUGUUCUACAGGUCUGGCUACUUUAUAGCCUUGGCCUACACCAGUUUCUCCUUUGGUUUCUUUCUGCUGCGAACGCUUCGAACGAAACUGUUGCAAGACAGUGCGCCGGCUGUCUCCAGCAAUGCCAUCAACUAUGAUCCCUAUAGCAAUCCGCAGGAGCUCGACUACAGCGGCGGACGCAAGCGGAAGCUCUACUUUCUCUUCAUGGUCGUGGCCGGGCAGGCGGUGCUUGCGUUUCUACUCUCGAAGCACUUAUAUCUACCCGAAUCGGAGGCCCUAUUGCCGGUGCCCAAGGCCCUGUAAUAACAUUACCGGAAGCCGCAUGCGAGCCGAUAUCAUUUCCAGAGUGUUAAAUCUUCGCAGUAGUUUAUCAAUGGUUAGCUGUUACUUAAGGAUUGGGAGAAGAGAGCGCGUGCCUGCGUCUGAGAUUGCAUAAGAGAAACCAUAUUUUUGUUAAUAACGAAGCACAUUUUAUAAAAUAAAUAAAUACAAGCUAUGAAAACGAUA